AUGAAGUUUGUUGCAUUGAUCUCAGGUGGUAAAGAUUCCUUCUUCAACAUCUAUCACUGUCUAUCGCAGGGGCAUGAACUAGCUGCACUAGGUAAUUUAUAUCCUCAAGAUGAAUCAAAUGAUGAAAUUGAUUCAUUCAUGUUUCAAACAGUUGGUCAUGAUAUAAUUGAAUACUACAGUCAGUGUCUUGAGGUUCCACUCUAUCGACAGAAAAUCUUGGGCAAGUCAUCAAAUCAAAAUCUAGAGUAUCAGUUCACACAGGAUGAUGAGAUUGAAGACUUGUAUACAUUGUUAUCCACCAUCAAGCAUCACCAUCCCGAAAUUGAAGGUGUUAGUUGUGGAGCAAUACUUUCUCAUUACCAAAGGACAAGGGUUGAAAAUGUAUGUGACAGGUUAGGGCUCACCUCGUUGGCUUAUCUUUGGCAAAGAAAUCAAAAUGAUUUAAUGUUGGAAAUGUGUGAGAGUGGAUUGGAUGCAAGACUUAUCAAAGUUGCCGCCAUCGGAUUGACCGCUAGGCACUUGGGAAAGAAAUUGCAAGAGGUGUAUCCACAUUUGCUAAAACUCAAUCAAAUGUACGAUGUCCAUAUUUGUGGAGAAGGUGGGGAAUUUGAAACAAUUGUACUCGAUGCACCAUUUUUCAAAAGUAAAAAGCUCCAGAUUGUCGAUCAAAAGGUUAUAACACAUUCCGGAGACGUAUUUUAUUUGAAAUUAAAAGUGGAGCUAGUUCGUAAACAGGAGUCUGAAUAUGCUUCUCUACCACCACCUCCAUUGCUAGAGCAUGAAUUGGCUGAUGCUACAAAAUCGGAUCAUUUGCAUGAAGAUGUAGCACCACCAAGUCCAUCUUUAGCGUAUAGCACAUACAUCCCACCACUUAGUAUUGUCGACACACCCACUAAACUCUUUGUCAGUAACAUUACUUCAAAUGCGGGAACCGUGGAGCGUCAAACUGAAAGUAUAUUCAAACGAUUGAAAUCGAUAUUAAAUGAUCAUGAGCUUACAUUCAAUGACAUACAACACAUCAACGUCCUAUUAUCCGAUAUGACUUUGUUUGCCAGAAUGAAUAAAAUUUACGCCACAUUUUUUGAAGAUGUGUAUCUACCACCAUCGAGAAUCUGUCUAGAAACUGAUGUAUCCACCACAGUCCAAAUAUCAUGUGUUGUGCUCAAAAAGAUUGACCCCAAGACAGGAACACAUAUACGGUCAAGGUCUUUUUGGGCGCCACAAAAUAUCGGUCCUUACUCACAGAGCAUCAUUGAUUCGCAAAAAAGAUACAAACUUGCCAGCUUAUCAGGUCAGAUCCCAUUGAUACCGGCCACUAUGACGAUAUCAGAGAAUAACAUUGCGUUCAAUGGGGCAUUAUCGCUUCAACAUUUGCAUCGAGUAGAGAAGUUAGUGGAUGUGCUUAAUUCAGCAGUGAUCACCUGCUUUGUUACAAACAGUUCAUUUGUACCAAUAGUGGUUGAUUGUUGGAACCACUAUGCAGAUACAAAGGGGUAUAUGCUGACGCCACUGUGGAACAACUUAAUUAUUGCUGAAGUGCGAGCCUUACCAAGGAGUGCCGAUGUUGAAUGGGGUGGAUACAGCUUCAAAGAAGUCUCUAGUGGUUAUGAGGAUGAGGAUGUUGAUGGUGACGAGACCUUGUCGAAACCAACUCGUGAUGAAUCACGAUUUGACUCCUUUGAAUACAGCAGCGUAUGUUCAAUCGCUAAUGCGUCUUACAGUUUUGUAUCGCUAUUCUCAUCGGAUAUCACCGUGGUUCAAAAGUUUCUCAAAGGGCAACGAUCGCAUGUCACUUUGUUAGCAAGUGAAACAGUACCAAACUUCCAAUUUGAGUACUUCCCUGUUCGCAAGGUUUACAAUGUCAAAGGUAAAGAAUACAAAUACUGUCUCAUUGUAAGACAAGAAGAACAAGAUUAG